AUGGAGUAUAUUUGGAAUUAAAGUAUUAUAAGACAUCAUUUGGAUGUAGAUAAUGAUAUAGAGGUCAACCCUAUAAACAAAAAUUUGUUUAAAACUCAAAAAGCUAUCAAUAAUAGCAAAGUAAAUUACUUCACCUGUCAAUUUAAAUUGAAUAUCGUUAUUCAAUGGAAAAAUAUAAAUAAUUGGUUGACUGAAAAACAAAAAAAACCAACUGGUAAGUAGUUUAUUGUGAUACAACUUUCAUUUUAUUGCAGAAGCUUGUUUGAUACAGGACUUCCAAACACAGAAAACUUUUAAAAACUUCAUUUGGCUACUCAGGAAAGGAACACUCAACUCGGAAAUUUUAAGUUCAUCACUGAGAGGGAUGUAUAAUAACAAAAAGAAAUUAUUUUUUCUGUGUUGACACCUCAAUUAAUUAGGAGGCUAAAUAAAGUAAUAAUUUGCAUAUAAAAGUAUGAUGAGAAUCAAAGAUGCUUCCAUUGUUAUUAUAUUGUGUAAAAUCAAGUGAAAAUUUCUUUUCUUAUAUGAUGCA